CGUAGCAAGUAGACGCGUCUUUUUAUAUUCCAAAUAAUGGCGGGAGUUCUGGGAAGCUGCGGCACAUGGAAUGUUGACUCCGUAAUAUCUUUCCUCAUAGUUGCAACUGGACAAUUGUGUGAUAAAAUUUUUGAGGCUCUCGAGACUACGUCAAAAAUCAGAAAAUACCGGAUCGCCGUACAUAAAUGCGAGUGUAUUUAUGAUAUCCUUCGCUCGAAACCGGAUUUACAAAUAGAUUUUAUUAUAUUUGCAUUUGAUGGAAGAAUUAGUCAACGCGUCAACGAAGUGGAAAGGGGCAUUAAUCUCCUGGAUGAAUUUUUUGUAAUCUCUGGACGAAUUUGCUUAGUCAAUUGUUAUGAUUUGCCAAAUAAUAUGGGACUAAUAGGUCACACUGCAAAUAGGUUACGAGACAAAUACUGCCUUCGACUGAUAUCAGCAAAUGUCUAUAACUGUGAAGGUCUUAAGAGUUUGGGAGACAGAAUUUUUAAUCUGUCGGAAGCAUUGAUGGGCAUUCACAGUGGAAUUCCUGACUUAAACUUGUUAAGUAUUCUUUAAAAUUACCCAACAUUUGUCCAU